AUGCGCCUCAUCAAUACUACCACUCUGGAAUUGCACACGUUCUACAACCGCACCAUCCCACGCUAUGCAACUCUGUCACAUUGCUGGGCUGAAGACGAGGUCUCGCUCGAAGACUUCAACGCCGGCGCCCGCGACAAAGCCGGAAUACGAUCUGGAUUGGCCUGGGUUGACACAUGCUGUAUCGACAAAAGCAGUAGCGCGGAGCUGUCGGAAUCAAUCAACUCAAUGUACGUAUGGUACCAGAAAUCUGUGGCCUCCUAUGUCUUCUUAGAAGAUGUGGAUAUCGAGGGCGCUGGCUGGAUGCAAGACUUCGCCGACGCUCGCUGGUUCACACGAGGCUGGACUCUCCAGGAGCCACUUGCGCCGUUAUCGGUCCGAUUCUUUGACAAGAAUCUGCAGUUCAUAGACACCAGAGAGGGUCUUGCUAAAGAUAUCUCUCGCAUCACUCGGAUUCCGGAGACUUUGCUAUGCGGUAUGUGGAGCGAGUAUCGAACGACGAGCGUUGCAUGUCGUAUGAGUUGGGCUUCCCAUUGGCAAACGACCCGAGAAGAAGACAUGGCUUAUUGUCUUCUUGGCCUUUUCGACGUCAACAUGCCCCUGCUCUACGGAGAAGGCAAGAAAGCUUUCCGACGCUUGCAGGAACACAUCAUCAGCUCCUCAACAGACGACUCCGUCUUCGCAUGGAUAUCUAGCGAGGCCAGCGACGAAGUCAUCCAUGGUGAUGGUCUUCUUGCAUGCGCUCCCAAAGACUUCGCUCACUCCGGCAACAUCGUCUCCCUCGUUUCAACCGCGCGGCCCCCAACGACCGUGACAAACAAAGGCGUUCAAGUCCACUAUGCCAUAACAGGAAAACACGACCUGCGCCUUACUCUUUAG